ACCUCAAUUUUCAAAAUUCACAACUGUAGAUAAAUAUCCUGUAUAUAUUCAAUAUGAAGUUUUUAUCGGAAUUAAGGACGUGCUAUGGCGGUGCAACCAUCAAGACGGUGAUGGAUGGGCUACCGCCGGUGGAGAAAAAGGAGUCGGAGCAAGUAAAUCGAUCGGGGAAUAAACGCGUGGUUUCUCGGGGAAGGAAAUUAAGGAAAACGGAGAAUUGGAAACCGGCGCUCCACGUCAUCUCCGAGGACAAAGCGAUCGCCGACGUUGAUCGGUACAGUUGCGAUAAAACUACGGUUGGAAAUUCCGGGAAUAAAAGAGCGUUAAAAGAUGACGGUAGAUCUGGUAGAGCACGGAAGAGGUUCGGCGAUGGUUACUGGAAAAUGUCGUACGCCGUUGCGAUGCCUGCUUUCUCAGGAAUGCUUUUUUAGUGUUGAGCUGUGUUUGUCUUGUCCUUGUAAAUAAUUAGAUUUUAGAUUUUUGUUCACCUCUAUGGAAAUUUAACAAAAGCAAAAAUAUAUGCCUUUUAAUUUCUUUGUAUAUAUAUUGUAAAUAAAAAAAAUGAUGUUCAAGUUAAUUGAUAUUUGGUUUUGUAAUUUUAUACAAAUUUAUUUUUGAUUUUA